AUGAAUACCACCACUGUCUUUGGACCGCCACCGGUUGGCGUCAACCUCAAUGACAAUAGAAUUUCGCAGGACAAUGCCAUCGUUGCGGUACUAUGUGUGUUUGCUAUACUCACAGUGGUCAUGCGGUACUUUGUGAGACUCUAUCUCCAGGGAACCAGGCUGGAGGCCGAUGAUUUCCUUAUCGGCGCGUCAAUUGUUCUUCUAAUUGUUCUACUUUCCAUGACCAUACUCGGUGGCCGCCACGGGCUUGGCAGACAUGUUUGGAGUAUAACGUCAGAAAGCAUGAUUACCAUGAAAAAGAGCCUCUUCGCCUACGUUUUAAUAUACCUGGCCGAAUUACUCCUGAUAAAGGUUUCCAUAUUGAUGUUCUACCGUCGAAUUUUCUCCAUGAAUUGGAUGAUAUGGACAUGUCUCGUCAUCUCUUGCUGUUGGUGCGCAGGAAGCAUGGUCGCAGCUCUUUCGGCCCCGAGGCCAGUCUCCUACUUUUGGACCGAAGUUACCGAACCUUCCUCCGGGCGAUAUCGAUACGACUUUUACUACUACUACAUUGGCAAUGCCACGGCUAACAUGGUGACCGAUGUGCUGAUUUUGAUCGCCCCACUACCCAUAGUCUGGAAGCUUCAAAUGCGAAUCGGACAGAAGAUCGAAGUUUGCAGUCUCUUCCUGCUUGGUGGAUUUGUGUGUGUCGCCAGUAUCGUCCGCAUUCAUUACCUUACCUUCCUCCACCACAAUGUGGACAUUACAUGGACAUUGAGUGAAGUGUCUGUGUGGUCAACAGUCGAACCAUGCAUCGGCAUAAUCUGCGCCUGUCUACCCACCCUACAGCCGUUCAUCCGCUCGAUCACCAGGAAGCUCCCUGGUCAACAUCGAGGAGCAGGGCGGGCGUCUUCUGUGCUGGAACGAAAUACCUCUCCAAGACAACCCAGCAGUAGUAAAAAUAGCCAUCGGCAUGGGAUGUGGCAUGGGCAGGAACAGGAGGGAAAUAUGAGUUUGAAAACAUUCUUCAUCGCAGAGGAUGAUUGUAUGCGUUUGACAGCACUCUCAACCCGCGUUUAA